AGAAGAAGGGGGUGGGGGCUUCAUUAAUGCAGUAGCGGUUCCCGCGAGGGAAACUCGGAUCAAACAACGCGCCUCUUUCAUCUCCUUUUUUGUUUUUGAUUUUGGAAGGAAAUUGAAUCCCUCCUUUUGUUUUUAUUGCAAAAGGAAAAGAAAGGAAACGAACGGAAAGUUAUGGAGGCAGCCAUGGGAUUGUUGAGAAGAAUCCAUCCAAGGCAAACGGAGACCGCUCUUUCCGCUCUCCUCAGCCUCCUUCCUCACCACUCCUCCGAUCUCCUCUCUCAAGUCGAUCAGCCGCUCCAGGUGUUAUGUGAUGUGGACAGUGGAAAGGAGUUCAUAUUGUGUGAAUACAACAGAGAUGCUGACUCUUACAGAUCACCUUGGUCAAAUAAAUAUCAUCCUCCGCUGGAAGAUGCACUCUAUCCAUCUAUAGCGUUGAGGAAACUGGAAUUGGAAGCAAAUGAAGUCUUUUCCGUCUAUCGUGACCAGUAUUAUGAAGGUGGCAUCUCAUCUGUUUACAUGUGGGAAGAUGAUAAUGAAGGUUUGGUGGCAUGCUUUUUGAUUAAGAAAGAUGGCUCAAAGACUGGGCAUGGCAGAAGGGGUUAUCUGCAAGAGGGAGCAUGGGAUGCCAUUCAUGUUAUUGAGGUGGGGCAACAGGAGGAAGGAAUAACUCGUUAUUGUUUGACAAGUACUAUUAUGCUGUCUUUAACUACAGAUGAUGAGUCAUCUGGCACAUUCAGUCUCUCAGGUUCUCUUAGACGACAGAUGAACAUGGACCUCUCAACUGCAGAAGGUCAUCUUUGUAACAUGGGAAGGAUGAUAGAAGAAAUGGAGGGUAAGCUGAGGAACUCAUUAGAUCAGGUUUAUUUUGGGAAGACUAAAGAGAUGGUUUGCACUUUACGACCACCAUCUGAAGUCGUGAUGAGACUAACGAACAGCUGAUCAUAAGGCCGAUGGUAACUGAAGAUAAAUUCGUUCUAUCUCGAUAACUUGCAUUACAGUGUGAUUUGUGGAGGAUAUAUGUAGAUUUCUCAUCUCUUUCACCUUUACUUGAAUCAUCAUGUAAACUUUGUGCGGAGUUUGUCGUUUCAUUGUAAACCGAGUUUGUUCCUUUUGCACAGGAGACUGAUCCUUUUUGUGUUUUUGCCAAGACAUCAUUUGGAUCAGUUUUCAUGUACUGUUUCUCUAUUUGAAACAUUGUUGGAUAUACGGUUGGGUUGAGUUAGAUUUUGAACAAUUUCAAUUUGGGGUUCUGCAUCGGUUUACUUGGACUUUUCUGAGUUUUAA